AUGAAUUCGAAACCGGUGUUCUACAAGCCUGAGGAGGACAUCUUCGUAUGCUCCCCAGAAGCAGUGCUCGCCGCCAUCGAUGAGUUCGGCCAGACCCAAAACUUCUUAAUGAAUGUCGGAGAGGAGAAAGGCAAGAUUGUCACCGAUAUCAUCAUGAAUCGGAAGCCCGAGACUAUUGUCGAAAUCGGCGGGUAUAUCGGGUACUCUGCUAUCAUGUUCGGCAAUGCACUGCGAAGGGCGGGAGGUCAACGGUACAUAAGCCUGGAAUUGACUCCCAAGUUUGCGACAACUGAGAGAGCCCUGAUUGCUUUUGCUGGGCUGGAUGACACGGUGGAGAUCCGGGAAGGACCAUGCCGAGAAUCACUGCGACAGCUCGCGGAGACUACCAAGGACAUAGGCAUGUUAUUUCUGGAUCAUUCAAAGCCGUCCUAUCUCAACGACCUGAAGCUAGGCGAGGAACUGGGAUUGGUCGCGCCUGGCACCAUUGUGAUCGCUGACGACAUGUAUCAACCCGGGAAUCCACCAUACUCUGAGUACAUGCGGGCUUCGACCGCUUCGAAGGAGGAGGCUUGUAAACCUUUCAGAAAUUGCUUCAAGGAUGACCAUAUCUCUCUGGGCAAUCCAGCUCUGGUGUAUGGGACGGCUAUUCAUGAAGGUCUGCAGCCUACGGGCUUACCGGUCAGCUACUAUUUCUGUUUUGGUGGAUCUAAUUAA